AGACCUUUUGAGAUGUGUGUCAAAGAUGGUGAUGUUAGUAGUGUUAUGUGCUCUUUUAAUCGUGUCAAUGGCAUUCCAACUUGUGCUGAUGCUUAUCUUUUGAAAAAAUUAGUCAGAAAUGAUUGGAAUUUACAUGGAUAUGUAGUAGCAGAUUGUGAUUCUGUCCACGAAAUCGUGACAAAUCAUAAAUGGCUCAAUGACACAGUUGAAGAAGCUUCGGCUCAAGUGCUAAAAGCAGGUAUGGAUUUGGAUUGCGGAAGGUCCUACCUGAAGCUUGUAGACGCAGUGAAGCAAGGGUUAGUUAAAGAGGCCGAUAUGGACAAGUCACUCAACUACCUUUAUGUAGUAUUGAUGAGGCUUGGGUGGUUUGAUGGAAUUCCGUCUUUGGUAUCACUUGGCAAAAAAGAUAUGUGCACAGAAGAAAAUGUCGAAUUGGCAGCUGAAGCAGCUAGAGAAGGGAUUGUGCUUCUUCAGAAUGAUAAUGAAACUUUGCCAUUAGACCCUACAAAGUUUAAAUCUUUUGCACUAAUUGGGCCACAUGCCAAUGCGACUAAUGUAAUGAAAGGAAAUUACGCAGGGUUUCCAUGCAAGUUUAUUACUCCAGUUGAGGGUUUUUCUGCAUUUGGAGAAGUAACUUAUGAAUUGGGAUGUCUUGACGCGAUAUGCCCGAAUGAUACCACCAUACAAUCAGCCGUCAAUAUCACCCAAAACGCAGAUGUUACUUUUCUUUUUGUAGGGUUAAGUACAGGCAUAGAGGCUGAAUGGCGUGAUCGAAAAGAUCUUCUCCUUCCUGCUAAUCAAACUCUUCUAGUCAAUAAAGCUGCUGAAGCUUCAAAAGGACCAGUUAUUCUUAUCAUCAUGGCUGCCACUGGAAUUGAUAUUUCUUUUGCUAAAAACAACCCCAAAAUCAAGUCCAUCUUAUGGGUUGGAUAUCCUGGUGAACAAGGUGGUCGUGCUAUUGCUGAAGUUGUUUUCGGAAAAUACAAUCCUGGAGGAAGGUUGCCAAUUACAUGGUACGAGAAUAACUACGUUGAUAAAUUCCCAAUGACAUCCAUGGCUUUAAGGCCAGUCGGUGACUAUCCUGGAAGAACGUACAAGUUCUUCAAUGGCUCAACAGUUUACCCUUUUGGUUAUGGAUUAAGUUAUACGAGCUUCAAAUACGAGUAUAAGUCUACAGAUAUGUCUCUCGACAUAAAAUUGAAUAGACUUCAACAUUGUCAGGACUUGCCUUAUAAUGAUACAAAUUACAUGCAAAAUUGUUCUUCAGUUUCGAUUGAUGAUUUAACAUGCAAUGACGAAAUUACCUUUGAAAUCACGGUACAGAAUGUGGGGUCUAGAGAUGGAAGUGAUGCUGUUUUGGUGUACUCUGUCCCUCCUGAAGGAAUUGUUGGAACUCCUUUUAAGCAAGUGGUUGGAUUUGAAAGGGUUUAUUUACAAGCAGAUGAGAGCGUCAAUGUCAAGUUUGUGCUUAAUGUUUGUCAAAGCCUGAACAUUGUUGAUGUCUCUGGUUAUAGACUUUUACCAUCUGGUUUGCAUAAAAUUGUGGUGGGAGAUAACGCGAUAUCAAUUCCAGUCAAAAUUAGUUAUAGUCAAUAGUAAUUGAGUUAUGAUUUAGGUAGGAUUUAGAAAUUUAUUUUUUCGAUAAAGUUAAAUGUAAAAACUUACUUCGGUAAGUUGUUUGAGUGAAUAAAAGAUUUUAUCUCUAUGU